AAAUUAGAAUGUCAGGUGCUAAAAUUAAUAUAAUAAACGGAUUAUUAUGAAAACAAGUAUAUAAUGAUUUCAAUUUAAGAAAGUGCUGUUCUAAUUACCUACCUAACUUCAAUUUAAAAUGACAUGGGACGUUACAUUGGAUUUCGAGUACGUGGUAACGAAGAAGCCUCCACCUCGUAUAUGUUUCGGCACGGGUCUAAGCCGGGAGGUGUUGCCCAUGAAAGGACCAUGCAUGAGUCCAUUUAUGAUACGCAACGCGGGCGAAACUAGACCUAAUUUGGGUCCUGGCAGCUAUGACAGCAAACGUGAUGCUUUCUACGAUGUCAGCCAUAGGAUAUAUAGUAAAUAUGGUUUAGGAGCGAAAUCUCCUCGGUGGAAGGUGAAGCACGAAUAUCAGCCGCCGCCAAGAGAACUCCCACCGAAGAAACCCGUUCCACAAAACUGCGCUCCAUUUAAUUCUACCGCAAAAAGAAAAAGCUUGUUUAAAGCGAACGAUCUUCCAGCACCUUGCAACUACUGUCCCGAAUACGGUAAAAGGCAAAUGAAAUUUGCAUAUAGUUUCUCUGGGAAAAAGGUCCUUAGAUGUGCCGUUGAGAUAAAGUGCGUCCCAUAUAAUUUGGAUACUUGCGGAUUUUGUGGCUGCUCCUGCUCAGCCCAAGGGGAUUACUGGCAGUUCGAGAAUCGAAUAUUCCUUUGUCGGAAACAUUAUUCACGGCUGUUUAAACAUUGCCUGUCUAAAUUCCAAGGCGCUAAAUUAGCUGAAUUCAAGUCAAUCAGAGAUUGCUUCUUCGCGCACGCUCACAACAGUUGCAAGGCGGCUUUGAAGAUAAUGAAAAGUGAGGAGAUUGAUAAGAAACUGCGCAAAGAGGCCUACCUCGAUCUAUAUUUCCCACAAAGACGAUUCUGUAAUAAUUGAAAAAUUAGAAUGUUGAUUUUCUUGAAUUCUUUAU